AUGGCUGACACCUGUUGCACCAGGACCUGUGUCAUCGCGGCAUCCACCACAUCUGUCUGCUCCAGCAACCUGAGCUGCGGCAGCCGGGUCUGCUCACCUAGCGUCUGCACGGGGCCCUCCUGGAAGGUGGAUGACUGCCAGGAAAGCUACUGUGAGCCGCCCUGCUGCGCCCCCAGCUGCUGCCAGCCCAGCUGCUGUGCCCCCUGCCUGACCCUGGUCUGCACCCCGGUCAGCUGUGUGUCCAGCCCCUGCUGCCAACCCACCUGCACCAGCUCCUGCACGCCCUCGUGCUGCCAGCAGUCUUGCUGCCAGCCGGCCUGCUGCACCUCCUCCCCCUGCCAGCCGUCCUGCGGAGUGCCCGUCUGCUGCAAGCCCCCGUCCUGCGGUGUGACCCUCUGCUGCAAGCCCGUCUGCUGUACCCCCGUCUGCUCUGGGUCCUCUCCUUGCUGCCAGUCCUCAUGCUGCCAGCCGUCCUGCGGUGUGCCCGUCUGCUGCAAGCCCGUCUGCUGUACUCCCGUCUGCUCUGGGUCCUCUCCUUGCUGCCAGUCCUCCCCCUGCCAGCCGUCCUGCUGUGUGCCCGUCUGCUGCAAGCCCGUCUGCUGUACCCCCGUCUGCUCUGGGUCCUCCUCUUGCUGCCAGUCCUCAUGCUGCCAGCCGUCCUGCUGUGUGCCCGUCUGCUGCAAGCCCUGCUCCAGCGUGUCCCUGCUCUGCCGCCCCGUGUGCAGACCCGCCUGCUGUGUGCCCACCUCCUCCUGCUGCGCCUCCUCCUGCCAGCCCAGCUGCUGCCGCCCGUCCUCCUGCGUGUCCCUGCUCUGCCGCCCCGCUUGCUCCCGCCAGGCCUGCUGUGGCCUCUCCUCGGGCCUGAAGUCCAGCUGCUGA